AGUUUUUUAGGCUCAAAUCCAGUCGUGCCAUUUCUUUGGCACUGUCAGGACCUCAUGGUCCGUGAUUCAAGUAUGGUCGAAAUCGCCGUAGCUCUCUUUGAGCGUGGCUAUCCCGAGGCCCGGGUGGAUGAAGCGCUGAAGGCCUGCUCCAGCCUCGAGGAGGCGCUCAACUAUCUGAACCCCAAGUCGAAGGCAUCAGCUGCGCAGCCAGCAGGAGAGAGGCCGAGACGCCGCGCACACGGCAAGAAGGCCCAGCCGGCGCCAGCGGCGCCAGCAGUAGCGCUGCCAGAGGAGCUGACUGGAUCCGCAGCGCCGACGCCCUCCGAAAUGGCGGACUCGGUGUCUGCAGGCGAUUCCGUGGCCGCGUCUACGCCGGUAGAGGUGGUGAACCUCAAUGUGCAAGCAGAAGUUGAAGAGGUGUGCACGCCGCCCCCAUGCGCUCGGGCACGCGUCAUUGAGCCGAACCUGGACGGCAUAAAGUGGUGGCGGGAGGCGGCAGCCCGGUGGCCAAAGAUCUACCAGAACCUGAGGCUGGAGGCAUCCUUGAGCAUCCUCCAGCCUCAGUGCCCAGAAGUGGCCGAGUACCUUGGCCACGUGAGGCCGACGAAUCGCACUCCGCGGAAGAGGGACAUGGAGGGGAGCGUCAAGAAAGUGAAGGAGGGUGCUUCGGCUAUGGGGGUCUUGCCCACCCCCUCGCGGUCGUCCGUGGAUGGCCGAAGCCCUGGCCGCUGUGCGCAAGCGAUGAUGCUGAACUGCCAGGCUGACGUGUGCAAGAUCUGCUGCUGUGACACCUCCGCCUGGCGCUCCGUUCGCCUCGCCUGUGGCCACGGCUGGUAUUGUGCAUCUUGUAUGCUCCGACAUGCAGAGGCACGAUUGGAGAUGGGGGCAGCUUCAAUCACCUGCCCUGAGUGCUCAUCGAUUCUGGCCGAGUGCGAUCUUAGGAAACUCCUCCCGGCGGAGACCAUCGACCGGCUGCUGGCGCGGAGCCUGGAGCAGGCAGUCUCUUGCGCCGCAGACAUCCGCGCCUGUCCGACACCGAAUUGCCCCAUGCGCGUGGCCAUUGAGGAGGGCGACAUCACGAGGUUCAAGUGCACUAUGUGCAAGAAGGAGUCCUGCCUCAGAUGUGGGCGCCAGCCCUUCCACCGGGGUCUAAGCUGCGAGGAAUAUGCAGAGAAGAUGAAGAACAACACCAAGGCGGCCAAGAAGGAGCGCCAGGCAGACCAGCUCUUCGAGCAAUGGAUGGAGGAGACGGGCACCAAGCAGUGCCCCAGGUGUCGCAUGGCAGUCACAAAGCAGAACCUGGACCGCCAGCGCACGCAGUACUCCGAGUGCCACAAGAUGAGCUGCCGGAACUGCAGCACGCGGUUCUGCUUCAAGUGCCUGGCCAUACUCACAGACAGCUACACGUGUGGAUGCACCAUAGAUGCCCACGGCUUCAUCGACCCCGUGAGCGGGAAGAUUGUGAAGCACCUGAAGAAGAGGGCGCGGAAGUGAUGAGUGCAAAGCGCAGAGCAGAGCUUGCACCAACUUAAGGUGCCCUCCGCUUCGCCUGAGCACUUGCAUGUGUAUUUGGGUUUGUCUCUUCAGGGUUCCCUUGCCGUACCUGA